CGGACAAAAUGUCCGGAAGAGAGAGUGAAGAGCCCGGGUGCUCUCCAGAGGAGCGCAAAUCAAUAUACGUGGUGAACCACCUCUUCUUCCCCCCGCAGCUCCCAGGCGAGAACGACUGGGACGCCGGCCUGGAGGCACAUCUUCUGUCGACUCUGUACACAAGCCUGGAAAGCUUUGUGUUCCGGCAUGGCGCCAGCUUCGCUGCCUUGCAGGUUCUCGCGACGGUGUCAUGCAUGCAGCAAGCUGUUGCAGCCGAUGGAAGCAUCGACGCCGACAGGCUUUCGGCCAUUCUUCGGGGAAUGUGCACGUCAGACACAUCCGUCGCGCUCAAUAUAUCCGAGCAGAAUGCUGCGGUGAUCAUCACAAGGAAGGACCAAGAGAUCUACAUUGAGGCAUUCGAGCUCUCCCCCAGGAAUGAAGACACCAUGGCGUCCCCGGGCAGGCUACGUCGCCAAUUCCCUGAUGUGGCCGUUGCCGUCCCAUUUCAAAACCUUCUGGAUGACCAGUUCCGCAAGAAUCUCAUCCAUGUCCUGUCUACACUCUCUCAACAGGCCGCUCCAGACACCAUCCCUCAAGUGUGGAAAGCGGGCCAGUUCCAGGACGAGGAGAGAGACACAGCCGACCCCAAGUGGGUUACCGAGUGGCUCUUUACGGGCGUUCUAGGCGCCGAGUCGCGGCCUGUCACUGGCCAAAGCAUCUGGAAGAACGUCAGGGACUCGGUCCACUGGGACGAGAGCCUCAUGCCGUGGCGCCGGUCCAGCACGUGGCUACUGGCCCGGGUCGCCCUGCAGCUGGCAUUCUCGCGCCUAUCACGCUCGGCAGAGUUCACGUACAAGAACUUCAUGCUCUUCUUCGCCGCCAGCGUCCUCGAGAAGACGCCGCGCGGGGCAUCUGGGGGUAUCCUUCAGUGCGUCGACGGGGCCAUGUCCAAAGCCACGGCCGAGCUUGAGAAGCGCCAGAAAUGCAUCUUUUCUUUGUCGUCUCCAGACAGCGGAAUCUCGCAGCUCGAGUCUCUGGACUUCAGUCAGCAUGUCCUUCACCACCUGCCGGACGUCGACAAGUUCAUCAAGUACAUCAGUACUCACAAGAAAUCUGGGCCUCAUGCUGCUUUCAGUCGGAAGUCGUGCCCGGAAGAAUUCGAGCCGGGCACUCUGCCGUCACUCUCCAGAUUCGCGUCCAGCUAUGCCACCUUCACCCUCGCGGCAUUUGAAAAGUGGGUAGCCGAUCACCUCGAUUCUUGGAUCGCGGCAAACGCUAGCUACGGAGGUACCUGCCGGGAGCUGCAGCGCCUUCUCGAGUACUAUGAGCAGGCCGCAAGCGCCGAGUACAGCGGAAACCCUGAAGGCGGCUCUACCCUUGUUCUCACCGCACUCGAGCUCUGGGUCGCGUGCGACAAGUCCGCCACCGCAUUGACGCCUCUGCUCAAGGAGUACGACCCGCAGAUCCCGGCCCAUAUCCUACAGUUGCUGGUUCUGCCCUUCCGCGAGCAGAUGGGCAGACUUGGCAGGGUUGAGCUCUACCUCAGAGAGCGAUGCAAUGCCGCAAAGAGCUCUCUUCCAGACAUUUUUCUGUCUUUCGGCGCUAGAGUUUUGGUGGGAAAUUGCGUUUGUAUCCAGACUUUUGCGGUGGGGCUUUACUAUGCACAAUCUCAACGACUCCGGGAACUUCACUGUUGGAUCGACAAGGACGCAACGAGACAGCGCGAACGCAAGGUCUCUGAGCUCCACCACAUGCAGCGCAGGUACGAGGUCAUGAAGCGCGAGAACGACCGUCGGACAUGUUAUCGGGACCCAGAAUGGAGCAGUCGUCUAGGAGAGCAGCCGCGAAACCAUGCCGACAGUUGUGUCAAGUGCUCCACGAACGAAUCCAUGGAGAACAUGCGCAUCGACGUUCACGAGUGGCCUCUCCCAAGACACCCCAGGGCUGCCGAGGCGACCAUCUUUGAACUAUGCCCGCCUCCUUCCUUCGGCUCCUGGCGGGACUCGACCAUGUUUGUCCGGACUGUCAUCUUUGGUGGCCGCUAUGCGGCGGAUGGGCCGAAGAUGUACAAGACCUUGCUUCAAUACCCCCCGCUCUCACGGUAUGCCGAGUCGCCACAGGUGGCAUGGAGGAUCUCGCCAGCCUCGGACAAUAAGCCUAGCAGCUCGACGCACCGGAGGCACAGACACAUGUUCGGCCUCACGAGAGACGACGUGUGCAUCAACAAUGGCAUGCCGUACGCGUACCAUGACAAUGAGCAGCAUCAGUUCGUCCAAGAGGUCGAGUUCCACGAGAGGGACCUGCUGCGGUGCGCGUAUAGGCUUCCCGACGGGGCCGCGUGGCUGGGGAAAUACCUCUUCCGGCCCAGCGACAUGCCCGAGGGACUGCCGCCCAACUCGGCCCUCGCCAACCAGCACGAGGCGCCCGACUCGAUGGGCCGACAGGAGUUCGUGUCGCUCGUCUCGGUGCCCCUCGGGCACAAGAUACAGUGGCAGAACAUCCUGUGCGAGCUGGUCGUGCCCUGCGUCGACUUCCGCAAGGAGGAAACCGCCAUCGUCCUCUUCCAGGCCAUGUACCAGGCAGGACCGUCAACCGAGGGCUCGGACCUGAGAGAGGGCCACCAGGUCCUGGACGACGUCGGGUUCUGCCACAGGCUCGUCGCUGCGCUUCGCGAGGCCGCCGGCCGGGUCGGACAGAACUGGGAGGCGUCCCGGGCUCUCGCCAACUUUGUGUCCAUCGCCACCCGCGUCCUGAGCCUCUCGUCCGACACGGGGGUACACGAUGCCUGCUUGGGAUUCCUUGGCGAGGCUCGCCUCAUGGCCGUUGGCAUGCUGAGGUCGGUCCGUGCCAACGUCGAGUCGUCCGCCGCCGCCGAGCGCAGGUUCCAGAGCGAGCUGCUGGACAAGACGGCCGAGGUCUGCCUGGUGUGCAUCGCCACUUUCGACGUGGAGGAGCACCACCUCCGCUCGCUGCUGGGCCGCCCCGAGGAUGCCUCCGUCUUCGUCCGGUGCUCCAUCGACUGCCACGAGGCCCUCGCGGAUAGGGACCCGGAGCCGCAGGGCACGCUGCUGUCGCUCAUGGCCCUUCGCUGGAAGAGGGUCUGCGUCCGCGCCCGCGCUUGCCUGUCCGAUAUGUCCACGGCGGGUGAGAGUGGCGGGAAUGGGCUCGACGACGCUGUGCGCCAGUGCUGGCCCGAGUACAACAAAUGUGGUCGGUGGAAGCCUCUCCAGACUCCGCUGGGGCACUGGCUAGAGACCUCGCCGACUUCUGGCCACGGCCGUUCUUUGAACAUCAAGUUCAAUCUUUUGACAGCUGAGCUACUUGUUGAUGGUCUCUCGUUAUCCUCCCGUCUCCCUGCCGAGUACAAAGACUCCAAGCUCUACAGUCAGCUGUUUGGCAAAGGAACUGUCCAUGUCACGCCAGCAAACGUUCCGGGCAUGGAGUUUGCUCUCAAAGCUGAAGUAUCGGGGUACGCUGUUAGUAUGGGAUUUUCUGCCUCAUACGGACUGCUUGUGCGUGCCAAGCACUGCGCCUCGGGAGUUAAAUACCAGAUAAUCCCCCAAGACUGCUUCCGAGGCGUCCUUCCUUCCUCGCUCGUCAAGGACUACACGCACUGGUAUGACCCGACCAGGAACGUCGUCGAGUUUCGCCCCGUUCAAGCCUCAUGGCGCACAGACGAAGACUCUCUGAGGGACGGAUGGAUACUGUCACGGGGAGGCGCUGAUGCCUGGGAGCUUCGACAAGGGGACCGCGUCCUUGUCCCGCGGCACAGCGUAACCGUAAAGGCGAUUUCAGCUGUUCUCGAGCCCAUCGAGGAUGCGAAGCACCUGCGGGUGAGCGUCGACACUGCGACUGAGGGGUCCGGCGCUCUCCAAGUCGAUGUUCCGAGGUUGCGUCUUCAGUUCUCCCUCGAGCCCAAGUCCCAAAAGCUAUACUCAAAGCAAUUUCGUGGCAUGUGGGUCGACGCCACCACCCGAUCGGUUGGGGCACUCAUGGGACUGAAGAGCAAGCUAUUGCUUGUCAACGACCGGAAUUCUCAUAUGCUUCUUAUUCCAGACGGCGAGGUCGAGUGGACUCGGGAGAGCAAAGGAGGAUCCGAUCCCGAGGGCAGCAGACACGUCGUCGUUCGCAUCAAGAAAGGCACAAGCUCGGGGUGCCGUGCCUACAGAGUCGAUCCAGAGCUCAGGCGUCUCACGAGUGAUGGUAGCUUUAGGAGCAAGAUCUAUUUGGCAUAUCUCCAUGCCAUCACUUCCUUCCCAACCCCGGAUCCCCUGACUGCGCAUACUGGAACCGAACAAGCCCUCUCCAUUCUCCGGUCUGCGGCCGUGAGAUCACUACACCACCUGAACCGCCCAGAUUGCGAAAUCUUGCUGUCCAUCAGCAAGCUCACGGCGCCUCGCGAGUUCUAUCCCGCCCACCUGAAGGAUAUGCAGCAGGUGUCGUGGCGCAAGGACCUUGGGUUUCUGUCGCAGCAUUCGCAGCUUUACCUGUCGGUCGAAAGCCUUCUCAGACAAGCGCAGGACCAGAAAGAGCUGUAUAGGCCGGACGACCCGGAGCGCGACCUCGUCGACAAGCUCCCCUGGCUCAGCCAACGCCUUCUCGAGUACGACCUGGUCAACUCGGCCUGGUGCAGGGCUCCGGGCUUCGGCGCCGAGGACUUCACGGCGGACGAGGACAGGGUAUACAUAGGCAGGGGGCGCGACUGGAGGGUGCCGCGCGCCAACGCGUGCUUCGCCACCACGAGGGCUAUCAACGAGGGCCGGCCCUUUCUGCCGGCCGAGGCGGGCUUGCUUGUGCCCGGAUCUCUCCAGGUGACGUUAUGGCACAGCCUCCUCCCGGCAGGCACGAUAAAUGGCCCGAGGCAUUUGCGGCCGUCGCCGGGCUUCGACACGUUCGACUUUGCGUGGAUCUACGACAGCUUGGCCGUGCUCGUCCACUUCUGCCGGCUGCACCGGACCCUGAGCAACUCCACCGUCUGGGCUCGAUACGAGGCCAGGUCCUGGCUUUCUGCUAUGGUGUUUGCGGCCAACACACCGUCUCGGUCGUCGCAGGUGCCUCCUCUCGCACGACCGAUCCUUCGCGUGCUCGAGGCUUGUCUCUCGGUCCCGGCCAUGUCCCGGAUUCGCUUUCCCGAUAUUGAUCAGUUCCAGGUUGAUGCGGGUUAUCGAUUCGACGCCUCCUCCAUCCAAGAUAUUGUCUACGAGGCUGCUUACGACUAUUGGGACUCCCCAGAAGCGCGCCUCGCCAGGCUUCUUCGCGAGACUAACGAGAACCUUGACGCCCGCCGGGAAGAGGCCUAUGAAGCAAAGAUGGAGCGCCUGGUCGGCGAGGUCGUCUCUGCUCUUCAGUCUCAAUGGCCGUGUGCCUCGCCCACAAUACCUUUUGUAAGCGUGUGGCGGAUGUAUAUAUGCAUGGAGAACGUACAGGCCCAAGCUCAGCAGCAGUUCGAGACCUGGUACGCGAACCACCUGCUGUUUGGGUGCCUGGGCCAGAUAGCCCAGUUGUUGGAGAGCCAGCGGGCCCCGGCGCGAGUGACGGCGCUUAGACAGCAUCCAACCAGCGAUUACAACUGCCUUGCUGGAGUCAGGGGAUUCGUGACCACCGAUGAUGUCUUUGCGCUCUCUGCGCCCCCUCAACCUACGUCACUUAGAGAUUGCCCUUUGCUAUAUUUACCAAACGCAGUAGCGGUCAUACAACCAUCCUCUACGGAGGCGGCGUCGCCACCGCGCGUCAAUGGCCUGGUCAAGCGCAUUCAGAUGCAUGCCAAGUCGGACUUCACCAAGCGUUACGCCAAGGAUCUCGGACGUAGCGCCUGCGCCCUUCGGCACGUUGAUAUUAGUAGCGCCGACAUGCCAUUACUUUCCCAGAAGGACCUCGAAGAAGCGAGAGACAGCAUCCGGGACUAUCUUGCCCGCUGCCGCAGCUACCGGGAUCAAAUCUAUGCUGCUCUUGAAUCGGUCUUGGGCCUAGGAGGCUGGGCCGCUGCCGUAUCCCCGCGGAUCUGUCCGGAAUUCUUCUUGUCGCAGCUUGCACCCUCUCGCUGGAAGUCUACCCCUUCCCCCUGGAAGCCCGUUCUUAUCAGCUAUGCCCUGUCACAUCACGACAUCCAGCGCGCAGAGAGGCUUUUGCUGUCUUCAGGUAGCGUCAACAGCCUGUACAAGGAACUGAGAAACGCAGGACACCAGAACUGGAGCCCUUGCGACCAUCCAGCUGCUCUACUCAUGGAAGUUGAAAGCAAAAUCACCAUCCGAGAAGUGCAGUCCGACAUUGCUCGGCAGAUGAUCAACCAUCCGAACGGCCAGAACUCGGUCCUGCAGUUGAACAUGGGAGAGGGAAAGUCAACCGUCAUCGUCCCCAUGGUCGCUACUGCUCUAGCCGACGGCAACCGCCUGGUCAGAGUUAUCGUAGCCAAGGCACAAGCACCCCAGAUGCGACAGAUGCUGCUUUCCAAGCUCGGCGGGCUCCUCGACAUCAAGAUCCACCAGCUCCCCAUCUCUCGCGACCUGCGUUUGGGCUCCGAACAAGUUGGCCGCAUCGCUCGAGACCUGGCCGAAUGUCGGGACCAAGGCGGGGUCCUGCUGGUGCAGCCCGAACACCUGCUCUCGCUCAAGCUCAUGGGACUCGAGCGCCUCAUCGAGGGCGGCAGCAGCAGCGCCCACGCCGCCGAGGGGCUCGUGUGGACGCAGCGCAUGCUCGACUUGACGUCGAGGGACGUGGUGGACGAGAGCGACGAGGUCUUCAACGUCCGGUUCGAGCAGGUGUACACCAUAGGGACGCAGAGGCCAGUCGACUUCGGCCCCGACAGGUGGCACGUCCUGCUGAGCGUCCUCACCGUCGCCAGGGACGUGGCCUCGGACCUCGCCCGCAAGUCGCCUCUCUCCUUUGCCAGUGACGACGUCCAUGGCCCAGGCUCCUUCCCGCGUCUCCGGUUCUUCGACAGGCAGGCCCAGGGAGACUUUAUCAAUGCCAUCGCAGAGCGAAUCUGCCAGAACGGGCUCCCCAGGCUUCCGAUUACUCGGAGAGACCCCUUUUCAAGCGCGGCGCUCAUGAGGUACUUGACGAAGUCGCACCUGACGCCAGAGGAGGUUUCGGCCCAGAAGCGAUGGAGAGUCGACUACGGCUUCGACCCCCGGCGCGAGCCGCCCACGCGCCUCGCCGUGCCCUACCGGGCCAAGGACUGCCCCUCGGCGCGCUCCGAGUUCUCGCACCCGGAGGUGGCCAUGCUCCUCACCGCGCUGAGCUCGUACCACGGCGGCCUCUCGGAUGACGACCUGGCCCUCGCCUUUGCGCGCCUCCUGAGGUCGGACCGGCCCGGCGAGGAGUACGAGGGCUGGGUGCGCGACGCCGAGGCCCUGGCGCCGCCCGAGCUGCGGCAUCUCGACGGCGUUAACCUGAGCGACCGGGUGCUGUGUACGCAGCAGCUCUUCCCCUCGUUCCGUCACGCCAAGGCCACGGUCGACUUCUUCCUCAGCCGAGUCGUCUUCCCCAGGUACAUGCGGGAGUUUCCGUCAAAGCUGAGCGCUAGCGGAUGGGACCUCGGCGAGCAAAAGGCACACCCAACCACCGGCUUCUCGGGCACAAACGACUCGCGGGAGCUUCUCCCCUUGUCCGUCAAGCACCUCGACCUGAGCGCCCAGUGUCACACAAACAGCCUCGUCCUCGAGUACCUCCUGCGCGACGAGAACGACGUGACCAUAGUCCCAGCCCGAGCCGAAUCGCCCGCCGUCUCGGAUGCCGAGCUGCUGCUCAAACUAGUUGUGGAGAUGCCCCAUGAGGUCCAAGUCAUCCUGGACGUCGGAGCACAGAUCCUCGAGCUGGAGAACCACGAGGUCGCCCGGCAGUGGCUCAAGAUGGAGUCGGAGCGCAACCCCCACCGCGGCAAGAAGGCCUGCGUCUUCGUCGACGUCAAGGACAACGUGCUGCAAGUCGUCGACCUGGAAGGCCACACCGAGCCCCUCCAGACCUCGCCCUUUGGCCGGCAGCUAGACGCCUGUCUCGUCUUCCUCGACCAGGCCCACACCCGCGGCACCGACCUCAAGCUCCCCAGCCACUACCGAGCCGCGCUCACGCUCGGGGCCAACCUCACCAAGGACCGGCUGGCGCAGGCCGCGAUGCGCAUGCGCGGGCUCGGCGAGGGCCAGGCCGUCACUUUUUGCGUGCCCCAAGAGAUCAAGGGCAGAAUCCUCCAGCGCACCGACGAGAGGCGGCAGCAGCAACAGCAGUCGAUCGGGGUCAUGGACGUCCUGCAGUGGGCGAUCCUCGAGACCUUUGACGACAUGGAGCGCGCCGUCCCGCUGUGGGCCGUCCAGGGGCAGACCCACGCCCACCAGCAGAGCGUGUACUCCAAGGCGGCCGACGGUCGCGUAACCGAACAACUCGCGCAAAGACUCCUUCAAAAGGAAGCCCAGACCGUCGAGGACCUCUACCGCGCCUCGGACGGCGGCAGCAGCAACAGCAGCCCGUGCUGCGCAGACGCCGACCGGCACCCCGACGCGGACCGCAUCGAGCGCCACCGCGCCAGCUUCUUCGGCGACCACGUUGCCGCCCCGGCCCCGACUGCGGCGCUCGGCAGGGAGGAGGAGCGGCAGCGGGAGCUCGCGCCCGAGGUCGAGCAGGAGCGGCGCGUGGAGCAGCGGGCGCCCGCGGCCGAGGCGGCGCGCCACGCGCUCGACCCGGCGGUGGUGCACUUUGCGCGGACGGGGGAGCUCCCUCGGCCCGGCCCCGACAUGGACGCGUCGUUCCCGCCCGCGUUCCUAACCAUAGGUGGCGGCGGCGGCGGCCAGGACGUGCUGGCGCGGCUGCUCCCGCGGGGUCUGCGGUGCAGCCGGGACUUUGCCAGGACGGUGGCGGCGGGCGGCGGCGGCGGCGGCCAGGAGGACAGGUACCAGCGGCCGGUACGCUGGGUGCUGACGACGGGCGCCGCGGUGGCGGUGUGGGUGGUGCUCGUCAGCCCGUUCGAGGCCCAGGCACUGCUGCCGCUGCUGCGUCCGGGUGGCGCGGUGGUGCUGCACGCCUGGGCCGGCGGCGGCGGCGCAGCGUCCGGCCGGUUGCUGCUGCACGCGCGACCGCCGCCGCCGCCGGGCUGGUCGUGCCCGCUCGAGCUGGAGGCGCAGCUCGACGUGUUCGCCGGCCUGCUGGCCAUCUCGUCGUACGACGAGUACAAGACCAUCUGCGCGCUGUUCGGGCUCGGCGGCCGUCGGGGCGCCGGGGAGGAGGAGGAGGAGGAGGGUGUCGUCUCGUUCCUCAAAGCCCUGAUGACCAAGGUUCGACGGGACUGCGAGAGCGUCGGCAAGACGCACGUCGGCAGGAUGCUGGACGGCGUCGCGCUCUCGCAGGAGGACUUUGGGGCGGCCACGUCCCCUCCUGGCCAGGCCUGGUGA